AUGGCGUGGUCCAAAGCAACCCGCAUCGCCGUGAUGCUUGCAAUCGAUCUGGCAUUUUUCUUCCUCGAACUCGCUGCUGGAAUCUACGUCGGUUCCCUGGCCCUCAUGGCCGACGCCUUCCACAUGCUCAACGACGUCAUCUCCCUUGUUAUCGGCCUCUGGGCUGUCCGUGUCGCGCAAAAUAAAUCUACCGACAAGUUCUCCUACGGCUGGCUGCGCGCCGAGAUCCUUGGCGCCUUUUUCAACGCCGUCUUCCUCAUCGCCCUAUGCGUAUCCAUCCUUCUCGAGGCUCUCGGCCGCUUCGUCGACCCUCCCACCAUCCAAAACCCUCAGCUGAUUCUCAUCGUCGGUUCUCUGGGCCUCGCAUCUAACUUCGCAGGCUUCUUCGUCCUCGGCGGCCACAGCCACGGCCAUGGCCACGAUGACGACCACGACCACGACCAUGACCACGACCAUUCCCACAACGACGCGCACUCGCACUCGCACUCGCACUCGCACGAUCACGCUCAUGCUCACGAUGCCACCCGCGAGGCAGAAGAGGGCCGUCACAUCAGCUUCGACGACAGUCGUGAGGACGUCGGUGGGGUUCCUGCACGCCUCAAGACACACAGGCGCCGUCCCAGCAGCAACCGCCACAGUCGCCUCACUAAUAUUGAUGACAUGUCGUUCCACCCUGCUAGCUUCCGCCAGGAGAUAAUAGCUGCCAGCCGACCCGUUGAGGUCUCGGACGAUGAAUCCGCCACCGACAACGAGAACGACGACACCAAUGACAACACGCCCCUUAUCAGCGACCGCACCAGCGCUGGUCAUCAAGGCCAGUACGGGAGCACCGGGCACUCUAACGGCCAUGGACGCUCGCGUAGGGACUCUGUCCUGCACGACCACCACAACCACAACAAACCUAGGGAAGCGCAAAAGAGCGGCGGUCACAGCCAUAACCACGCAGACAUGGGCAUGCAGGCCAUGAUUCUGCACGUCAUCGGCGACGCUCUGGGUAACGUCGGCGUCAUAGUGACCGCCCUUAUUAUCUGGAAGACGGAGUGGCCCGGCCGCUUCUACGCCGACCCUGCCGUCUCGCUUUUCAUCACCUGCAUCAUCCUGCGUUCUUGCAUCCCGCUGACCCUCGCCACGGCCAAGAUCUUGCUCCAGGCGACGCCCGAUCACAUCAACAUUGGCGACAUCAAGGCGGACAUCCAGGACUUGCCAGGAGUGGUCUCAUGCCACCACGUGCACAUCUGGCAGCUCUCCGACACCAAGCUCGUCGCGUCCAUGCACAUCCAGGUCUCUUUCCCUAUUAGCGAAGAAGGCGGCGAAAAGUACAUGAAGCUGGCCAUGCGUGCCCGGAGCUGUCUCCACGCCUACGGCAUCCACAGCGCUACCAUCCAGCCCGAAUUUUACCUGGACGACGCCCAAUUCGCCCGUUCCGAUAUGGCCGCAUCUGAUGCCGCCACGGCCUGCGGGACUGUUGGUACAGAAUCCGUGUGCCUGCUAGAGUGUGUCGAUGACUGCGUGGGUCAGGGCUGCUGCUCCGAUGCCGGGGCCAAGUCACCCCCGGGCAGUAGCCAUUCGGGGUCCGGUGGCGCCCACAACCACGGUCAUGAUCACCGCCACUAG